AUGAGCAAUGUGAUCGAUUGGUACGAGGUACUAGGCAUUUCUCAGGACGCUAGUGAUGCAGAAGUGCGAAGGGCGUACCGUCGUAUGGCGCUCAAGUAUCAUCCCGAUAAGAAUGGGAGCGCAGACGCUCGAGAACAGUUCCAUCUGUUGACCCGCGCGCUCGAAGUUCUGCUAGACCCGGCUUCCAAGGCUCAAUUACGCAUUCAUUUGCGGCAGACAGGCCCUAAAGGAACCAGAACUAGCGAGCAGAGCGAGGACGUACGAAGAAAGCGCGAAGACCUGCUGAGAAAAGAAGCACAGGCUGAGCCCUUGGCGCAGUCCAGUUUUUCCAGCCUUUCCCAUCUGCAGAUGGAAGGAUUCAGGCUACGCAGAAGACUCGAUGGGUUACGGCAAAAGCUGACAAUGCAGGAGCAGUACCGCACCGCCAAAAUCAAAUUGCGGGCGGGUGACGAAGCCCGUCUUCCCCGCAAGUCUGAUCCAGGCGUGGACCAGGUUCUUCAUAUCGGCUCUUUAUCGACCUAA